AUUGGUCCAGCGCCCGCCCCGCCCAGGCGUCGCCCCGGGGAGCGCUUCCGCUUCCGGCGCCUCCGCCGCUCUCCCGGCGUGCCGUGCGCGGCCUCGUUCUGGGUGACGGAGCGCGAUGGCGGCCGAGGAGGCGGAUUCCUGGGACGCCGACAGCUUCCAGGCGGCGCCGCCCCCGCCCGGAGGAGCCCUCCGACAGCUGCCCGCCGCCGCCGCCGCCGCCGGCGCCGACCGCUGGGCCGGGGAGGACGAGGACGACGACGUCAAGGAUAACUGGGAUGAUGAGGAGGAGGAGGAGGAAGAAAAGGAGGUGGAAGUAAAGCCCGAGCCCAAAGUUUCAGACAAGAAGAAAAUAGCAGAAAAAAUAAAAGAGAGGGAAAAUCAGCAGAAGAAAAAGCAAGAAGAGAUUAAAAAAAGGUUAGAGGCAUCAGAAGAGCCUAAGGAACUGACAGCAGAAGAAUUGUCAGCAGAUAAGCUCCGGCUACAGAAAUUACAAGAAGAGGCUGAUCUUGAACUAGCUAAAGAGACUUUUGGUGUAAACAACACAUUUGGAAUAGAUGCUAUGAAUCCAUCUUCAAAAGAUGACUUUACGGAAUUCGGCAAGCUUUUAAAAGAAAAAAUAACACAAUAUGAGAAAUCUCUAUAUUAUGCUGGCUUUUUGGAAACACUAGUUCGAGACAUUUGUAUUUCAUUGGAAGUUGAUGACUUGAAAAAGGUCACAAAUUCCUUGACAGUUCUAUGCAGCGAGAAGCAGAAACAAGAGAAGCAAAAUAAAGCCAAAAAGAAGAAGAAAGGUGUGGUGCCAGGCGGGGGCUUGAAAGCAACCAUGAAAGACGACCUUGCCGAUUACGGAGGCUACGACGGGGGCUACGUCCAAGACUUCGAAGACUUCAUGUGACAUUUCUCCUCCUUUCUGUUGUCUUUCUGUUGCCCGGAAUCCCGUAAAUGUGUAGCACAACUUCUUUACUUUAAAUUCUGCCAAAUGCUACAAUCAAAGUGCAGUAUUUUUGUGCUGGUGGCCUGCUGACACCUGGCUGCAAAAGCAUUGGAUGCCCAUCUUGACGUCAAGGGAAUAAAAUGGGGGCUCAGUUUGCUUGCUUGAUCAUAGGACAGGACUUUUAAGAAUAUUUGACUUUGUAGCAACAGAAGCAGCACCAAAUUGGAAAUGCAAGGCCCACAUAGUAAUAACCUCCUUAACUGCGCUCUCCAACUGACUCUCCACCCAAAUAACCAAAGCAGUUUGCAGCAGGCAUGGGGUGUGCAGCAGCAGCAGCAGCAGCGUUAAGAACGGCUUUAUCCGUCCCCUUGGAGCUUGAGAGGUUUGCUGCAGGUUGGCUAACAGCUGUAGGGAGAGGCUUCUGCGCUUGGAAACAGCUGUGAAAUCCUUCUCCAGAUCUUGAAAGGAGCAACUAACACGGGCUUAGGGUGGAUCUGCUGCGCUGGAAAAUGGUCAAAGCGGGGUCGAGACGCCCCUUUUUCUGAUUCACGGCGGAUUCUUUGCCACCACGUCUCGGGGGCUGCAGUUGAGUGCCGCCUUCUCUCAUUUUCAGAAAUCCUGCUUAUCAAACUGCAACAGUUACGACAGUUGGGCAAAUUGUUAUGUUAACAAUUAUGACAUCUGCAAUGUUUUAUAAAAGUAACUAAUUUAAUAAAAUCACUAUUGUGAGGGCUGA